CACUAUUUAAGCUGAACCAACUGCGUUAGACUUCGCUGACAAAGUUACACCGGCACACCCCUCAUCUCUAGCAACAUGAACCCUUUGUUGAAGUUCGCAGUUUUACUGAUCGUCGUGAUGCUACUUGUCAGCCAGGGUAAAUGUCGGAGUCUUCCAGCCCCCCAAGAUAGUGCACCUGUCAUCGGUGGUGGUGAUCUUACAGGAGGUGUCCUUGGCGGUGAUCUUCUAGAAGGCGUCCUUGGUGGUGAUCUUCUAGAAGGCAUCCUUGGAGACGAAGGUCUUCUAGGAGGCGUCCUUGGUGGUGAUCUUCUAGGAGGUGUCCUUGGUGGUGAUCUUCUAGGAGGCGUCCUUGGUGGUGAUCUUCUAGAAGGCGUCCUUGGUGGUGAUCUUAUAGGAGGUGAUCUUUCAUUUAUAAUUGUUGCGUUGUCUAUACAAUACAUUUGCAACACAUAUCAAGAAAUUUUAAAUCUAAAUAGGUUUUAAAAGUUGUCUUCAUAGCUUAUUAUCGAAUAUUUCUGUCUGUUAAAAGAAUUUAGUAUCAAUACGAACACUGAAUGUUUUUAAUAUAGCAUAUGUUAUUUAAAAAACCUA